CAACAACAACCACAACAACAACCACUACAACAACCGCAACAACAACCACAUCAACAACCACAACAACCACAACAACAACCACAACAACAACAACCGCAACAACAACCACUACAACAACCGCAACAACAACCACUACAACAACCGCAAUAACAACCACUACAACAACCACAACAACCACAACAACAACCACUACAACAACCGCAACAACAACCACAUCAACAACCACAACAACAACAACAACCACAACAACCACAACAACAACCGCAACAACAACCACUACAACAGCCGCAACAACAACCACUACAACAACCACAACAACAACCGCAACAACAACCACAACAACAACCGCAACAACAACCACUACAACAACCGCAACAACAACCACUACAACAACCGCAACAACAACCGCAACAACAACAACCACAACAACAACCGCAACAACAACCACUACAACAACCGCAACAACAACCACAUCAACAACCACAACAACCAC